AAUAUCAACAUCCUGUUUAUAGACUCUGUCUCACAUAGUCACUUUCUACGCUCGAUGCCUCAAACUCUGCAAACACUUCGUGGAUUUCGGGAAACGACUGUUUUUAAUUUUGAAUUGUUUCAGUCACUGAAAGGUAGAACGUAUGAGACACUACAGGCGCUAUUUUCUGGAGAGUUGUAUGAUGUAGAAAAACCCUUUGGCACUCAGGACAUGCCCCCGACUCCUGUUAAACUGAAUAGGAUUUUAUCUGGUUUCAGGAAGCAAAGAUAUGAAACUAUGUACACCGAAGAUCUUUGCUGGAUGUGGGAAUGGGGACUUGUAAAAAAUCUGCUAGCAUAUAUGCCAGGUUAUGACAUUAAAAGCAGAUGGGAACUCCUGAAAGUGGCGUUGGAAAAAGCUGGAAUUGAUCGUGUAGAUAUGACUCUGGCAAGUUGUGAGAUUUUGCAUGAUAAUCAUCACCGUGACCCGUUCCACGGACCACCUGCAUUAUGUUACAAUGGGCAAUAUCAGCAUCAUUAUAUAUUAGAGUAUCUUAGGAAACGGCAGGUGUUGUUGGAGGUGAAUCGUAAGCCGUUCUUUCAUCAUACGCUUUUGAAUGUUGCUCACGAUGAUCAUGGCCGCCGCAUUCAAACAUUGGACGAAGAUCUAGCAAACUAUGUUAAAACCAUCUCAGAAUUACACAACACUUUUACUAUUAUUCUAUCUGAUCAUGGAAAUACAUACGGCGAGUUCAUCAAGAGAAGUGAAGAAGCUAGGGUAGAGAUGUUCCAUCCGGUCUUGUUUAUGGUCGUUCCACCAGGCGUUGCCAAAACUCUGGGAGAAAAGCGUAUGAAUGCAUUGAAGGUGAACCAACAGCGCCUGGUCAGUAUUCUGGACAUCCAUUAUGCUCUGAGAGUUUUAAGCGAAGGAAAAGUAGAAAAAUUGGACGCAAAACAUAAAAAAUAUUCAAUUAAACCUGAUGGAAUCUUUUCUGAGAUAGCAUUAAACAGAUCGUGUAGUAAAAUUCCUAGAAUUGAACCAAAUGUUUGCAUUUGUCAGGAUUUUGAAGUUGCAGCAGCAAAUGACGCAACGUACGCACUGAUGGCGGAAUUCGCUCUUGGUUCCAUCAACAACGCAAUACAGCAGCAAUUUCGCAAAUCAAAUCCAGAUGCAAUGAGAGGCUUUGGUUCCUGUCAACGACUAGUGGCUCAUCGUUUUGGAAACAUCAAACAAAGACAAAAUAAG